CUGACAGAGACAGAGUGAGAAAGAGUCAGAGAGCGAAUGUGGAGGCAGGGGAAAGGUAGAGUCAGGAUGAGAGUGCAGCAGUUACAGUGAUACCUGGACGCAGCCGCAUGGAGCGAAUGUUGCAGGACAGGAGUGGAGGAGAUGUCAGCUUGGAGAGGAACGGAGAGGAUGGAGAGCGGGACAGCAGCAAGGGAAGAGAGGAGAUGGCAGAUUCAAACUUCCUAAUGGAGGAGGAUGUGGAGGUUGAGUUAGACUCUGGGUUUUGCAUGGAGGGGGAUUCAGAGCUGAGUUUAGCAGGACACAUGAGUUUAGGCUCAGAUGAGGAAGAGGAGUUGGACUGGCAAAUGAUUACAGGACACACAGACUCUCUGUCUACUAGUGAGGGACAAAUAAAGGGAAAAGGACACUGGGAAGGAGACGAAGGGAACCAAAUACAGGAUGAAGGUGAGAGAGACGCUGAAUCAGAGUCAGAGAAGGAUGGAGAGGUUGAGGCAGAGAGAAGUAUAGUGAUGGAUCAGGAGAGUGUUGAGGGCAAAGAGGAAGAGAAGGAGGAAGAGCUGCAUGUGUGUUUGCAGCCAAUAGAGGAAAGUGGAUGCUAUGUACAGAUCUCUUUGGAGGAAGUGGAAAGAUACUACAAAUUUUCACGCUGCUGCCACUGGCUGUACAAUGAGAUUAUGCAGCAGGAGAGCAGUCCCCUCCGUGCUGCUGAAAUCAUCCCUGACCUCAAGAAGAACUUUGCCUUCCUUUCAGGGGGUAGAGGACAUAAUGGCAGCCCCAUCAUCAUGUUCCCAGAAUUCCCUGCCUUUGGCGAGAUCACAGAGAGAGAGUUUCACAAUGUGCUCACAUACCUGACAAGUGUGCCCAGUCUGUCAGCAACAGGAGUUGGCUUCAUCCUGGUCAUUGACCGCCGGCAAGACCGAUGGGCAGCUGUCAAGGGGACCCUGCUUCGUAUUGCGGGCUCCUUCCCAGGGAACCUCCAACUGGUUCUGGUUCUGCGGCCCACCACCCUCCUGCAGCGCACGCUCUCCGACAUCCUCUUCAAGUUCAACAAGGAUGAGUUCAAAAUGAAGGUGCCGGUGAUCAUGCUGAGCUCGAUAACUGAGCUCCACUCUUACAUAGACCGCACCCAGCUGACCCAGGAACUUGGGGGAACACAGGAGUACUGCCAUGAGAAGUGGAUCUCUCACCGCACUGCCAUUGAGGGUUUUGCAUUGAUGGUAAAGAAAACAGCUCAGACCCUGCAGUCGUUUGGGACUGAGCUGGCCGAAACCGAGCUCCCCAAUGACAUCCAGGCAACAACUACCCUGUUGGGCACACACACCAGCAAGAAGUCCAAGAUGAAGGAGGAUCUGAUGGUGGCCCUGGGCCAGGGCAGCAGGCUGCUGGAGAGCAUCAAUGAGCCUGUGGUCCGAGACCCCGACCACAACAUGAACCAGGAUGAACUGGAGAACCUGGCCACAGUGCAGAGACUUCUGUCUCAGCUGGAUGAGACUGAAAGGGCUUUCGAUGAGUUCUGGGUGAGGCAUCAGACCAAACUGGAGCAGUGUCUCCAACUACGGCACUUUGAGCACAACUACAGAGAGGUUAGGGCUCUGCUGGAUCAGGUGUCUGAGAAACUUGCAACCUUCUCUGAGGUCGGGGUCAGCCCAGCUCAUGCGGACCACAUAUUUCGGGAACUAACCACCUAUGAGGAGAAAAUCUGUGAGGUGCUGGACAGAUCUGUGGCCUUGGCUCGUGAGGGUGAUGAGUUGAUCCAGAACUCCCACUACGCUGAGGACUCCAUCCAGCCCAAAUGCAGUGAGCUCAGAGCAGUCAGCGAGGAAGUUAGCAGCACCCUGAGGGCAAAGAAGGACCUCCUCCUCAAAGCGAUGGAGCUGCACCACAAUUUGGAACGGGCUCUUAAGUGGUGUGAUGAUGGCAUAUACCUGUUGGCGUCUCAGCCUGUGGACAAAUGUCAGUCACAUGAGGGGGCGGAGUCAGCCCUGCAGGAACUGGAGCGUUACCUGGAUUCCGCAGGCCAGAACCAGCUGACGGACCUCAGUACCAUCUGGAGGGAAUAUGAGGCAGUGAUCAACCAGGAGUUCAGGGACCAAGUGGAGAAGGUGUUCCAGAAGCAGGUGUCCAUGCAGGAGAUGUUUGACAAGAGGAGAGUCAGCCUGAAGAAGCUAGCAGCAAAACAGACCAGGCCAGUCCAGCCAGUGGCCCCCAGACCUGAAGCCUUCAUCAAGUCCCCUCUCACCUCACCUGCACACAGAGCUCAGCAAGAGAAAAACUGCUUAGAGGGAGACUCGGGGAACAGUGUAAACCUUAAGAAAGGCGAGAGCCAACUGCAGAAUGGAGGCAGUAACAGCAGACAUGCCUCUCUGUCAGAGGAGGAGGAGAACCUGGCAGUUCUCAGAAGGCAUGUUAUGAAUGAGCUGCUAGAAACUGAGAGGGCUUAUGUGGAGGAGCUGCUCUGUGUAUUACAGGGAUAUGCUUCUGAGAUGGAUAAUCCAGCGAUGGCUCAUCUCAUCCCUGCUCCGUUGCAGAACAAAAAGGAGGUGCUGUUUGGCAAUAUGCCAGAGAUCUACCACUUCCACAAGAGGACAUUUCUGAGGGAGCUGGAGCAGUACACAGACUGCCCUGAGCUGGUUGGAAGGUGUUUUCUAGAAAGGAUGACAGACUUGCAGAUCUAUGAGAAGUACUGUCAGAACAAGCCUCGCUCUGAAAGCCUUUGGAGGCAGUGCUCUGACUGUGCCUUCUUCCAGGAGUGUCAGAAAAAGCUGGAGCAUAAACUGGGUUUGGACUCUUAUCUGCUAAAGCCAGUUCAGAGAAUUACCAAAUAUCAGCUGCUAUUGAAGGAACUACUUAAGUACAGCAAGGGUUGUGAGGGGACUGAUGACCUGCAGGAGGCACUGUCCUCCAUUUUAGGCAUCCUCAAGGCUGUGAAUGACUCCAUGCACCUCAUUGCCAUUACAGGAUAUGAGGGUAAUCUGAGUGAGCUGGGCAGGUUGCUGAUGCAGGGGUCAUUCAGCGUGUGGACAGAGCACAAGAAAGGUCAUGCCAAAGUCAAGGAUCUGGCCCGUUUCAAGCCCAUGCAGAGACACCUCUUCCUCCAUGAGAAAGCCCUGCUCUUCUGCAAGAGGAGGGAGGAGAAUGGGGAGGGCUAUGAGAAAGCCCCCUCUUACAGCUUCAAACAAUCCCUUAAUAUGAGUGCUGUUGGCAUCACUGAGAAUGCAAAGGGAGACAACAAGAAGUUUGAAAUCUGGUGCAACUCUCGAGAGGAGGUCUACAUUGUUCAGGCACCAACAGCUGAAGUGAAAACAACUUGGGUAAAUGAGAUUAGGAAGGUUCUGACAACCCAACUGGAGGCCUGCAAAGAGGCUCGCCAGCAGAGGGCGCCAGACCAGGUUUUCCAGUUCCCUCCUGUGUCAGGUGGCCCAGUCAGCCUCAGUCCAUUCAAGUCUGGUCAGAAGAGCUUCAAAAAGACUGACGAGAAAAAGGCUGAGCCCUGCAGCCCUGAUGCCAAUUCCUCUUCCUCUCCAAAGCUCACAGGAAAAGACGAGGCUGUGACCAGCCCUACCUCAGACAGAGCUGCCGUGGCUAAAAAGCGCUUUACUUUGCAGGGCUUCAGUAACCUCAAAGCUCAAAAAGGAUCUCCCACAAGCCCCGAUCACAAGACCAAACGCCAUGAGAUUAAGAGCGAUCCUACACCUUUCGGCUUCAAAGAUGCAGGUCCUCCUCACCUCCACCUGGGCAAGGUCAGGUGGUUCAGCACCUCUAGCCUCUUACAGGCAAAGCAGAGAGACUGGAACAAGGCCUCCCUGUCGCUGGACGCCUCAGAGGAGAAUGACGGCUACUCCAGUGCGGAGGAUCCUCUUAACUCUGACCCUGAGGACGACGGCAACAAGAAGCUGUGUGCUGGGAAAUACACUGUGGUGGCCGACUAUGAGAGGGGCGGCGCUCAAGAGCUGUCAGUCAAGAGUGGCGACAUGGUCCAGCUGGUCAAAGAGGGGGACGAUGGACAGUGGUUUGUGCGUAACCUGAGAACCAGCAAGGAGGGCUGGGUUGCUGCUGCUAAUCUGCUCACUCUCAUUGGAGAGUCAAAGUCCUGUCAAUCCCUUACCAGCUCAGAGGGCAGCGGCUCUGGAAACCUCAGCACAUCGUCCAGCUGCAGUGAAACCUACACAAGCUUCUCCGACAUCAAGCCCUGAGUACCUCCUGACACCCAAGCCAGCCGACCAUCAUCCUCUGAGAGGCACCGAGCGCCCGGCGAUGGGCACCCCAGCAAACUCCUCUGCACUCACGCCAUCACCUUAACCACCCUGCUGAAAGCUGACAUUACCUGGGUGAUGGUAUAAUGUUGCCAACAUUGAUAUUCAAAAAAAAAAGGUUUCCACUGAAAACUGUUUUUUUUUUUUUUUUUUUUUUUUUUUUUUUAGCAUCACAGACACCAAAUGAUAUUAUAUUAUUGAAAUGAUGGCACAUGCUAUAGAUUUGACUGUGAUGCCCUCCUGUGGUGAAGAUUGAUACAUUACAUAACAUGCCAGGUCAGCUCAAAUACUGAUAAUCUUCCAUUCCUGCACUUGACGAUUUGUUUUUUAUAUAAAUAGGAUGUGUGUUAUCAUAAUAGAUGUACAAAUGGGCCAGCAGGACUGAUCUCAGUUAGUGCAUCUAUCGGUGUUGUGAGAUCAGAAAUCACAUGUGGGUGACAUUUGUCAAGCUGGCUCUGCGCCACUUGUCAGCUUUGUGUCCGUCUGCAGCAACUCCCCGUAAGGCGUUCGUAACUCCAAUGCUAUUGUAAAUAAAAAAAGGAAGAAUGAAGUGAAUAUGCGAAUAUGAGUCGUUUAGCUUUUACGAAUGUUGCUCUGAGAUCACCUCUCUGUCCUCUGUGCUGUCCCGUUAGAAGUGUUUAUUUAUUUGUAAAAAAAAAAAAGUAAAGAAAAGAAAAGAAAAAUCCCACAUAUUCAUGUUUAUUCUUUUCUUACUUCACCUCUGUUUUUCCCUCCUCUUUCUCUGUGCUUUUUUUCCUCAUUCUUUGUUCCUUUGUUUUGUUCAGCUUUAUCAGCCUGUCCUUGGAAACAUGUCUGCCCAGACGUGUGUCAUGUUUCAGUUUCUCUCUUGUGGGUCUGUCAUGGAUUUAUGCCCAGCGGUUUAGAUGCUAGACUUUAGCAAGAGAAGAAAGAAACUCCAUUUACGGUCGCAGAGAUGUGAUGAAUCAGUUUUUCUGUUAAAUAGGAUCCUGUGGGAACUGCAAUUACACAUUUAACAUGAGACCAUAUGUGGCAGUUCUGCAGCCCAGCCAUCCAAUCUUCUUCCUCCUCCUCAAAAAAGAAAACUCUUCAGUGUCUUGUUCUACGCCUGUGUUCAAGCAUAUCACAUCCUCUCUCCCAGGUUCAGACACACCGGCACCUUCACAUAGGUUAGACAUGCAAAAUGCUUAUAUUUUCCUCACCAAUCUCUGCUGGACUCCUAGUCUAACUCUCUGUGGAUCUUCAUGUAUGUUUCCUAAUGUGAAUAAUCAGAGGUCAUUGUAUAGAGCUAACUUAUUCCCUGUGUAGGGAUUAUGUCCUGAAUGUAGAUAUUGUUCAACUGUCAUGAAAUGUUUGUUAAUUGAGAUGCUAUAUUGUACAUUAAGUAUGGUAAUGUCACUAAAUUGUGACUUGUCUAUUGAUUUUUCCCCCUUCUUUUUUUCUACAUAAAACACUUGUGAUAAUUCA